UGGAGCGUGACCAUGCCCUGGGCCACCACGAGCCCCACUGGAAGGAGUUCCGCUUCGAUCUGACGCAGAUCCCGGCGGGGGAGGCGGUCACAGCUGCCGAGUUCCGGAUUUAUAAGGUGCCCAGCACACACCCGCUCAACACGACUCUCCACGUCAGCGUGUUCGAGGUGGUCCAGGAGCACUCCAACAGGGAGUCUGACUUGUUCUUUUUGGAUCUUCAGACCCUCAGAGCAGGAGACGAGGGCUGGCUGGUGCUGGACGUCACGGCAGCCAGUGACCGCUGGUUGUUGAGCCGUAACAAGGACCUGGGACUCCGCCUCCAUGUGGAAACCUUGGAUG